AUGAGCUCGGAUCGGCGUCGAGUUUUCCCCGGCGAUUUCGGACCGCCGCCCGUUUACAAAGAAAAGCAAAGGAGUGAGCCGAGUCAUGAGAAAGGCAAUGUAUGGUCAUGGCCCCCGGGUGAGCCGUCGCCCGCCUUCACUCCACUUCCCCCAUAUCCAGCUGGCCCCAAUCUUUCAAAUAUCCGCUAUCCACGAGAUGUUAGCGGCCCGAGAUAUCAAUGUCCCGAGUGUGAGCAACAGUUUUUGUUUCACCGUUUAAUGGGAAUCGUCGUGUGCCCAUUUUGUCAAAAAACAGUCACCGUUGGGAGAUAUAACAAGAAACGCUCAACACUGUAUCUCGUUGUCGGGCUGUUAUUGCUAUUGGUGUCAGCCAUCAUUCUCACCGCUUACUUCAUCUGGUUUCCCAAGAUGCCCUACGUAUUGAUAUCGGUGUUACUGAUCUCUGUCGGUGGUUUCGUCUCGUUGAUCAAAGCGGCACACACGAGAAAUCGCUAUCCAGACGCGAUACGGGUCGAUCAAUAU